AUGGAGAGACCCUCCUGUCUCCCGCGGAGCAGCAAGAUGAACAGCUACAUCACCAACGCCCUCUCUGACUUCUUCUUCAAGUAUGAGACCCCCCGACAGGUGCUGGUGCGGAACAGGAGGGUGGGGGUCGUGUGCCGAUUGAUUCAGCUGGGGGUCCUGGCUUACAUCAUCGGGUAAGACCCCCCCUCUUUUAAAGGAGGUUAUUUAACGGGACACUACAUGCAUGCAAACUUAGAGUGGAGCGGGGUGAACAUGUGAGUUGUGUGUGAGCUUGUCUGUUUCAGCAAGACUAAGAAAUUCCUCAACUGCAAAAUGCAUGACCCAGCUUUCAUUAUUUACAUUACAUGGCUUGUUUGUUGAAAUGUCUACUGUCAAUUCAUCAAGAGAUAUCUGACCAAAUUAAGAAGGUGUGAUAUUUAAAGAUGCAGUCUGGGAUCUUAAGCACUUACAAAUUCAGAACAUAUUGUACAAAUUGGAAUCUGUAACAUAUUAUACAAAUUGCAAAACAAAAACGUACUUAAAUAAUAAUGAAACGAAAAAUGCCUUAUUAGGCUAUACAGUCAUUCUACAGUACCUUUUGAAUCACUUUUAGAAAUAUGAGUUUGGCCAGUCUUUGGUUUGAGGAUCAUGCAGUGAGCUAUGCAUGUCUAGUUUGUUAAUUGAGCCUAGCAGAUGCUCUUAUAUUCCCAUGCCUUAAUCACAGUCAACAAAAAUGUUUUUUGUAACAACAAUAUCAUGGAAUAAAAUAGAAUACAUUACAGUUAGGUGCAGAUAGGCCUACCUAAUGAUAUGCAACUACUGUGUUAAAAACAAAUGGCUGCGGUGCAGGAUAGACAGUAGGCAAGGAUGGUGAAACAAGGAUCUUUACUGGUGGUCCAAAAGCCAGGAUACAAAACAACGGACUAUUCACGAAAACAAAUGAGGAGCACAUAGGUCUCCAGAAAAAAAAGGCUGACAGCAAACAAUACGAAAUACUUACUCUGACUGGAAUAACACAAUACAUUUACAUUUUAGUCAUUUAGCAGACGCUCUUAUCCAGAGCGACUUACAGUGCAUACAUUAUUUUAUUUUUCAUACUGGCCCCCCGUGGGAAUUGAACCCACAACCCUGGCGUUGCAAACGCCAUGCUCUACCAACUGAGCUACAUCCCUGCCAUCCAUUCCCUCCCCUACCCUGGACGACGCAGGGCCAAUUAUGCGCCGCCCCAUGGGUCUCCCGGUCGCGGCCGGCUACGACAGAGCCUGGAUUCAAACCAGGAUCUAUAGUGGCACAGCUAGCACUGCGAUGCAGUGCCUUAGACCACUGCACCACUCGGGAUACCACAAUGACACAUGGAGACCAUUAUUCCUCGAGUACCUGUAACUCCGUCACGUGAUCCGACACUGAUACGUACUGCUUGACAUCAAGGAACUAGCAGAGAAAACUGAGCAAGGGAACACAGGGAAGUGAGGACAUAAAUACACAGGUGAAUCAGAUAGCCACAGGUGACACCAAUAGGCAGAUAAUUAGUCCCGACUGUGAGUGAGGAGGUGCCUAUGGUUGUCGGAGGAUGACACCUAGUGGGUCGCUACGGAACUGCGACCCACUCCUGUAACACUUUUAUUAUAAUGGUGAUAUUUUCACCCUUACCCUUGUAUGCGGUGGAAUGUGAAUCCACAAACUGGUUACUUUGCCAUGUAGGCUAAUGCUUACAAAACAAAAAACAGUUUCUAAAACCACAAAUCUAAAUGCUCUGGUCUGUCCUAGGAGUGAGGGUAAACGUUAGGCAUGUUCUCUGCUAUCCACUUUCUGUUGAAAUUAUUAUUUUAGGUAUAGGGGAGGGUCACUUAUUAAUUUUUUCAAGCGUUCAAGGAGGGUCCGGAAAAAAUAUAUUUUAGGGAGGGCCAUCCAUUUUCAUUUCAGAGAGGACCGAUUUUCUCCAGGUGACCCUUAUUAUAAAUAACGGAAGGCCACAGUGGUGUAGCUUAUGGUGAUACAGAUAUCACUUAAAUAAGUAUGAAAAAUGUAUGCACUCACUAACUGUAAGUCGCUCUGGAUAAUAGCGUCUGCUAAAUGACUAAAAUGUAAAUGUAAAAUUUAAUAAUCUGCAAGGUCAAUCCGACGUCUGCAGUGGCCAUACAGCAUUUAUUACGAUGUGGCCUCCGCCUAAGUCAGAGCAUUCAUACUUCUUGCGCUUCGCAGAAACAGAGCAGAGCUGUUGUGAAGGAAGUUGUCAAGGAAGUGAGUUUGUGUUUAUAUUGGACCUUCCGCCCCCAGGACCUCCCGCUUUUGACAUUAUCGAUCAUAGUCUGCUGCUGGAAAAACGUAUGUGUAAUGGCUUUACACCCCCUGCUAUACUGUGGAGAAAGAGUUACCUGUCUAACAGAACACAGAGGGUGCCUCUCCACCAUAAUCAAGGUAGAAUCAGGAAUUCCCCAGGGCAGCUGUCUAUGCCCCUUACUUUUUUCAAUCUUUACUAACGACAUGCCACUGGCUUUGAGUAGUGUGUCUAUGUAUGUGGAUGACUCAACACUAUACAAAGAGGGAAAAUUGUAAUUGGCACAGAACAGGGUAGCAAGGCUGGCCCUUGGAUGUACACAGAGAGCAAACAUUAAUAAUAUGCAUGUUAAUCUCUCCUUGUUCAAAGUGGAGGAGAGAUUGACUUCAUCACUAGUUGUAUUUGUGAGAGGUAUUGACAUGUUGAAAGCACCGAGCUGUCUAUUUAAAUGACUAGCACACAGCUCAGACACCCAUGCAUACCUCAAAACACAUGCCACCAGAGGUCUCUUCACAGUCCCCAAGUCCAGAACAGACUAUGGGAGGCGUGCAGUACUACAUAGAGCCAUGACUACAUGGAACUCUAUUCCACAUCAGGUAACUGAUGCAAGCAGUAGAAUCAGAUUGAAAAAACAGAUAAAUAGAUAGUCACAUAGGACCAAUCCUCUCCUUAGCUUGCAGACUUGUAGGUUGACAAAUAGUGUGAUGAAUCAGGCGGAUGAAUUCUUUGGACUUUCAUGUUGUACUUUGUACUUUCUUACUGGAGAUGCACCAAAAGACAGACUGUGUCAUGUCUCAACAAAACAAAUGACUUGUUUACACUUUGUGUGUGUGUGUGUACGUGUGUGUGUGUGUGUACGUGUGUGUACGUGUGUACGUACCUGUGUCUGUGGGUGUUUUGUGUGUCUGUAUACAUCUUCAGGCAUCUGGACUUCAGGAGCUACAGGACAUGAACAGGCUGAGGCAUAUGCUCACACAGAUAACAAUCAAACAUGGGUAAACACAGCUACGCUGCUUUUUCUCAGUGAUUUCCCUCCUUGAGAUAAUACCGGAAAGGCAUGUGACAUUUCAAAAGUUGAUUCUCUGUUGAAAACACAUCAGAGAAACUUAAAUGCGCUCAGCUUGGCAGAUUCAGUCAUACCAGAAUUAUAAUACCUCAGACGUUUGAUCUUCCUUCACAUCCUAAAGACAUCCCCCCUACCGUUGGGCCGUUGGGCCCUUGAGCAAGGCCCUUAACCCCACAACAUGAUCUCCAUCCAGAAUUAUACUACCUCAUAAGUAUGUUCUUUCUUUACAUCCUAAAGACAUUCCCCGACCAUUGGGCCCUUGAGCAAGGCCCUUAACCCUACAACAUGCUCUCCAUCUAGGGGCACUGCACUGCAGCUUGACCCUGUGCUUGUCUAAACUGUAUGUGUGAAGUGUGAUGUGUGCUGUCUGGGGGUGGGGGGUGAUUAUGAACCUGUCCAGGACUCUCUUAAUCAGAGCCCUGCUGGCUUUGGCAGCUCAGAGAUAAAAAAUAACUUGGCUUUUCAGUACAUUUACAUUUUAGUCAUUUAGCAGAGGCUCUCAAAGGCUCUGCAUGGUCAAUCCAACAUCUGCAGUGGCCGUACAGCAUUUACUGAGAUACGACAUCUGCAGUCAGUGCAUUUAUACUUUUUGCGCUUCGCUGAGCAGAGCAGAGCAGAGCUGUUGUGAAGGAAGUUGUAAAGGAGUUUGUGUUUAUAUAGGACCUCCCGCCCCCACCUACCAUCAACCAAUCAUGUCAAUGCGGAUCUAUACGGAGCUCUCCGCAUUGUUACAAGAUUUGGGUGACGCAUGGCAGCUCAAUUUGCCUCUGCAUGCCUACGGAGGCUCUGCAACUGCGUCACACAAUCCAUACGGCGCCUCCGACCACAUUUUCGGAUCAAGCAUAAAUCGGCUUCUAUCCAGAGCGACUUACAGUAGUGGUUCCCCGUUGGAAUCAAACCCACAACCCGGGCAUUGGCGAAUUGCCAUGCUUACCAACUGAGCCACACAGGAUCAGACAGCCACGGGCCUUAAUAGAAGUAGGGAGACUCAAAAGAAAUCUAUCUGAAAAACACAGUGUGCUCAGCAAGAGCCACAAAGCCAAUCACACAUCAAAAGAUCUGUCGCAUGGUCUGUCUGACUUUGUUUCUCUCUCUCUCUCUCUCUCUCUCUCUCUCUCUCUCUCUCUCUCUCUCUCUUCUCUCUCUCUCUCCCCUCUUCUCUCUCUCGUCUCCUCUCUCUCUCAGGCCUUAGGAUACAGAACCGAUACAGAUCUUACUUAGAUUGUUCUGGUGGAAAAUGCUUUUCCUCAUGUCACGCUUUGGUUUCUUCUAAUGUGGUCGUUCUUACUGUUCUUUCUAUAUGGACUUUAAUUCAGAAACAACAACAACGAUGGGAUUUGUAGUCAUAGCUUGACGCAGACAUCCAGUUGAAGUGUUCCAGUUUAUUUUUGAAAAGUUUAAUUACAGCCAAACUGUGUGUGUGUGUCUGUGUGUGUGUACGUGGGUGUGUGUGACACUUGUGACUUAAGCUGUAAGGCAGUGGCAGUGGAAGGAGUUGUAGAUGUGUGUAACAUCCUGUCUCUGGGGCUUGAUGCCAGGGGGUUAUUGCUUUAUAUGUCAUUUCAGUACUUGUUUUAUAUGUCAUUUUAUAUUAUCCCAGUGUACGUACAUAUGGCCCUAUGACAUCAUCUACUCUACUGUUAAUUAUCUUGCUCACAAGCUGGUGUCCAUCAUUCUGGAGAAGGUAGGUUGAGACAGACAGACAGACAGACAGUGCUACUAUUAAAAGGCUGUCCAAGGAAGUCCCUUACGUAUCAGCUACACAGAGAUACAAUAUGUCAGACUCAGCCAAGCUCAAUACGAGCAGAAAUAGGUUAAUAACCUGGGAUAUAGAUAAGGUAUAUUCACCCAUGUGUGCAGAUAAAUGUACACGUAACGGUAUGUAAUAAUCUCAUUGUCACACAUUCCAUGCAUUCCAUCCCAACUCUUAACAUUCUAUGCAUUCAGAGCAUUCCCCUGGAGUCUGGAAAUCUCUGUUAGUGUCCCAAAUGGCACCCUAUUCCCUACAUAGUGCAUGGUCAUAGGGUUUGUUUACAUUUACAUCGUUUACAAACAUUGGAGUAAAAAAAAAAACGUAUAUUUUGGGUUCUGAUGGGGUACGACAGUUGAACUAAGCUCAUGACGAAUUUAUAAGUUAUAUUCUUCAAGAAUCAAUGGGCACAUAUCAUUAAUUUAUGAGUCGUAAAAUAGAUGUAGCAACUGCUGAUUGCCCCUUUUAAUCCUACCUUAAUUCAACAUCACCUGGUGAUAGCCAGCUUGCACUGGGAUUACUGUCUUUCUGCCUAAUUCUCACUGCUGUGAGAGAGGCCUAUACAUCAGUCUGUGUGAAGAUAGUACAAAAAUUACCAUAAACCUCAUUUUAAUCUUUAAUUUGAAGCUUUUCUUCAAUAAUGUGCGUUAUAAAGAGGCGACUGUUUAUAUAUUGCUCAGUUUACUAAACUGUCUUUAGUUUACUAAAUCACCUCUGUAUAACGCACAUUGUUGAAGAAAAGUUUCAAAUUAAAUCCCACCGCAAGAUAAAGUUUAUGGUAUUUUUUGCACACUAUGAAAAUGUACAAAAAUAAGUAAUUCUAUGCACUAUGCAUUUCACGAGGAUUUUUGCAUCACACAUUGAAGUGUAAGAGGCCUCCAGUUUUUAAAAUGGACUGGAUCUUUAUACUUACCACCUGGGUCCUGUUUCAGUAAUAGUGAAAUCAGACCUUUUUUAUAGGAGUAGUUCAAACAUGCUAAUAAUGGAUCUUUGAGUACAUAAAAAAAGGUUUGAUAUCCUUCUACUGGUAUGCCAUCAAGCCCUGGGGUUUUUCCAGACUGAAAGGAUUGAAUUGCCUCAAGAACUCCCUCCUCUGUAAGUUGGCCUUCACACAGGUAUUUUUGUACAAUUGAUAAUUUGACAUUAUUAUUAUUAUUAUUAUUAGGGCAAAAAUCCUUAGAGUUAACAGGAGGAGACUGGAAAGAAAACAUAUGCUUCAAAUAUUUUGCGUACUCUUUCAAAAUAUAAUUAGGUGAAUCAUGGAUGACUCCGUCAUUUGUAACGAGUUUCUGUAAAUUAUUUUUGGUAGCAUUUCUAUGAUGGAGAUUCAAGAAAAAAGUGGUGCAUUUUUCACAAUUUUCCAUCCAGUUUCUUUAUUUUUGUAAUAGAUUACACUUGAUCGUUCCAAAUCUGUUUUAUUGCUAUCUACCUGUCCUGUUAGUCCCUCUAUUUCCUUUAUUAGUCUAAUCUCUUUUGACCGAAACUGCUUUGUUUUAAAGAUGAGUAUUUAAUUAAUUGGCCUUUAAAGGUACAUUUGAAAGUGUCUCAUACAAUAAGGGGAUCUACUGUACCUAUGUUCUGAAGGAAAACGUCCGUUAUAAAUUGUUUUGUCUUAGUUAAGAGCAAAUUGCCCUCCAGUAGGCUUUGAUUACAUUUCCAAUAUACCCCCGUCCAUGUGGAAAUUCUGUAAGAGUUAUGUGGAGGCCAAUUAGAUGAUGGUCCGAUCACUUUCUGUCUCCUAUUAAUACAUUUUUUAAAACUUUUGAUGCCAAGAAUGAAACUAGCUUGAUUAAUAAUAAUAAUAUAAUAAUAUAAUACUAUUGAUUAAGCCUCCUCCAUGUACAGUAUAUCUCACUAGGUCAGAGUUUGUUAGCCUCCAUAUAUCCACUAGGACUAAUGUGUCGAUGAUAUUUGUGAUCUCCUUAAGUGCUAGGGGUGAUAGUUUGUAGUGUGAUUUCCUUUACGGUCCAUUGAAGUACUUCAAACCGUGUUAUAAUCUCCCACCAUAAUAAUAUGAUCGUUUGUUGCUUGUGAGCUCAAUAGAUUGUUAUAAAUAUUUUCCUCACAAAAAAGUGUGGAUCAUCAUUAUUUGGACCAUAUAGAUUAAUGAUCCAAAUCUGUUUAUCAUCCAAUAGCAUAUUCAAAAGGAUCCACCUUCCUUGCGGAUCUGUUUGGACAGUUUGCACAUUUGACUCGAAAUGAUUAUUAAUUAAUAUCAUCACCCCUUUUGAAUUUCUUUGCCCAUGACAGUUCCUUUUCCACACAACUUAAUCUAUAGACGUCAGUGGUGGUCGGUGCCGUUGAUGCGGGAGCAUGGCCUUAUUUCUAUUACAGCAUAUUGGAUGACUGUCAUUCAUAUUCCAUUUACCUAGCUCAAUGUAACAUUGAUAGGUUUAGGCUACUACGUGAGACUCAAAUUUUCCAUAUAACCAUCAUGAGGUUGCUCAUCAUGAGGGAGAGAGAUCAAAUAAAUAAAUAGGUAUGUUGUAGGCCUCAUUGCAGGGUUACUCACAACCAGGUCGUUAUCUUGGAGUCUCUGAAGAGCUGGUUGUUAAUGGAGAGCUUGUCCAACACCAGGUGCACUUUCUGGCCCUGUGCCCUGUGGUGUUUAAGAAUAGGGUAAAUAAUGCGUCUACUCUCCACGAUCUCUCAAGAAUGUUGUUCAUUGAUAGAGAAAUUGGUUCCGCAUAGCCGCGGGAAGUAGGGGUGCUGAGAAUGCUGCGGCACCCCCUGAAAAAAAUAAAAUAUAUGUAUUUUUUCUCACAGAAGUAGUGCACUGGACCUUUAAUAGUCCUGUAUUAGUGGACGAUAUAGCCAUCUACAGUGCGGGCAAAACUUUUCUUCCAGCACACCCACCCCCACCCCCAAACUAGCACAGCACCCCCAUAUAAUAUAAUUUUACAUUUACAUUUUUAGUCAUUUAGCAGACGCUCUUAUCCAGAGCGACUUACAGGAGCAAUUAGGGUUAAGUGCCUUGCUCAAGGGCACAUCGACAGAUUUUUCACCUAGUCGGCUCGGGGAUUAGAACCAGCGACCUUUCGGUUACUGGCACUACAUAAUAAUAUAAUAUGCCAUUUAGCAGACGCUUUUAUCCAAAGUGACUUACAGUCAUGCGUGCAUACAUUUUUUUGUGUACGGGUGGUCCCGGGGAUCGAACCCACUACCUUGGCGUUACAAGCGCCGUGCUCUACCAGCUGAGCUACAGAGGACCACCCCAUCCCCAAACUACUUCCCGCGGCUAUGUCCUUCAGGUUCCCUCCUCUUCCCAGCACUGCCACUUUAAUUUUGUAAUGGGUUAGCCUGGCAAAAAUAGGUCUCGGUCUGUCGGGAACUUUCCUGCCAAAAAGGUGGGCCCUUUGGUAAUCCACAUUUUCCACCUGUUCCUCCGUCAUCUGGUAGUCUUCAUUGUGCUCUUCCUCCACCCCUACUAUAACAAUAUUGUGCCUCAUGCUUCUGCAUUUGAUAUCGUUUGUUUGUUAUCAUCCUGUCAUUUUGUGGCCUGGAGGGUUUUAUUUUCUGCCUUUAUUUGCUGUAUUAAGCUGUUAUUAGACUCCACCGAUACUUUGAGGGCCUCUAUUUCUGCUUUUGCUCCAGGGAGCAAAUCCAGCUUUUUCAAUUGCUCGUUCAUGUUUGCCAAAGGAGCUCUGUCGUGUUUGAAGUAUGUUGUUGGGUAACCUUCUUCAGUUUAACCGUCCAUUGUGAUAAAAAACGUUUGGUCGGCCACAACAUCUCUGUCUCGCUGGAGGACAGUACUGCUCUUGCCCGCAUUUUCUGUUGACUUAACAUGUCAUAGGAUUUAGCUAUAAAAUUCUCAAAGUCUGGUAUCUCUUUCAGUUUGCUCCCUUCUUUUAAUUGAUGGCUAAUUUACAAUUUCAAACUAUCAAUAAUGAGACAGGUUUGGAGCUCAGUACAUCACUGCCACCUACCACGUCCCGUCUGCUCAAUCUGAUGAUGAUGAGACCAUUAUUAAAAAUGACAAAUAUAAAGUUCCCACUGUGCCAAUGAUAAAAGCUUCAAUGUGAAUAGGUUAUACUACUGAAACAAAGUUUAACAUGAGAAGAUACAUUCAGACCAGCCUUACUGAUUGAACUUAACUACAUUAGUCAUACAACACAUCAUACAUGUAUGACACAUACUGUACUGUAACCUUGUCAUAUAGCUGCUGGCAUCAUGUGAAACGGUUGUCUAGAAAUGCUGGCAUUACUAGUGGAUCUUUGCUCUUGCCUGGGGUUUCAUAUCUCAGAUGCUGAAACCCCUAGUACUGUAUGAGUCUGGUUCCUCUCAAGGUUUCUGACUUCCAGAGACUUUUCCCUCACCAUUGUGCUUCUGCUUGCUUUUUAGGGUCUAGUCCGGGUAACUGUAAAGCACUUUGUGACAACUGUUGGGGCGUUAUAUAUACAUUUGAUUGAUUUAUGGUAUCCUCUGUGUCCUCUGCUCCAUUCAGUUGGGUGUUUAUCUAUGAAAAAGGCUACCAGUCGACAGACACGGCCGUGGGUUCUGUCUUUACUAAGAUGAAAGGGGUGGGCUACACCAAGGUGGAUGGAGAGGAGAGGGUCUGGGACAUGGCUGACUACGUCUUCCCUGAACAGGUGGGUCAUUGGCUAAUGUCUUUCUUGAACAGGUGGCUGAGUGUGGACGAACAGCACUAGUAAGUACUGUAUUGAAUGAAAAACUGAAUUAAUGACCUGAAAGGUCACAGAUCAUUAUACCCUCUAGGAACUGAGCCUCACAAUACAUCUACCAGUGUGCUGUAAUAGUAGUGCAACAGUUAUGCGUAAUAAAGUACUACAGUGAGGUUCAUGCAGGGAAGUCAGACAGAUGGUGUCUGACAAACUGAAGAAGAAGAAGAAGAAGAAGAAGAAGAAGAAGAAGAAGAAGAAGAAGAAGAAGAAGAAGAAGAAGAAGAAGGAAAUGAAGAAAGUGAAGAAGAUGACCUGUGACAUCCUGAUAUCAUUGUCAACAAGC